AUGGCCCACGCUGCAGCUCACCUGAAGAAAGCUCGUGAGCUUGAGCAACACCCAGAAUACAGAGCUCUGCAGAAAGCCAGGGAGAGGAGGAGACGGCAGCGUGAAAGAGCCGAGCGAAAGCGGCAGUCUGACAGUAACACCAGUUUCCUUCGAGCUGCCAGGGCGGGAAAUAUUGACAGAGUCCUUGAAUUCCUGAAAAAUGGAGUAGACAUCAGCACCUGUAACCAGAAUGGUCUGAACGCUUUACAUCUGGCAGCUAAGGAGGGACACAAAGAUUUAGUGGAGGAACUGUUGGAGAGAGGAGCAAAUGUUGACUCUUCCACCAAGAAAGGAAACACUGCCCUCCAUAUUGCCUCAUUGGCCGGACAAAGAGAAGUCGUCCGGCUACUGGUGAAGAAAGGAGCAGAUGUCAAUGCUCAGUCACAAAAUGGCUUCACUCCACUCUACAUGGCAGCCCAGGAGAAUCACUUGGAGGUGGUGAGAUACCUGUUGGAAAAUGAGGGGAACCAAAGCAUUGCAACAGAGGAUGGCUUCACUCCACUGGCCAUCGCUCUCCAGCAGGGUCACAACUCAGUGGUCUCCCUGCUGUUGGAGCACGACACCAAGGGUAAGGUUCGCCUACCAGCCCUGCACAUCGCAGCCCGCAAAGACGACACAAAGUCUGCUGCACUGCUGCUCCAGAAUGACCACAACGCUGAUGUCCAAUCCAAGAGUGGGUUCACCCCUCUGCACAUCGCGGCUCACUAUGGUAACGUGAAUGUCUCCACCCUGUUGCUGAACAGAGGAGCUGCUGUGGACUUCACAGCCAGGAAUGGGAUAACGCCUCUCCAUGUGGCCUCCAAGAGAGGCAACACCAACAUGGUGGCCCUGCUGUUGGACCGAGGGGCUCAAAUAGAUGCUAAAACCAGGGAUGGGCUGACCCCCCUUCACUGUGCAGCAAGGAGUGGACAUGACCCUGCAGUGGAGCUGCUGCUGGAAAGAGGAGCCCCCAUCUUAGCCAGAACCAAGAACGGACUGUCCCCACUACACAUGUCGGCCCAGGGAGACCACAUAGAGUGUGUUAAACUCCUGCUGCAGCACAAGGCGCCUGUUGAUGAUGUCACACUGGACUACCUCACAGCGCUGCAUGUCGCAGCUCACUGUGGCCACUACAGAGUCACCAAGCUGCUGCUAGACAAGAAGGCUAAUCCCAAUAUCAGAGCACUGAAUGGUUUCACUCCCCUCCACAUCGCUUGUAAGAAGAACAGGGUGAAGGUGAUGGAACUGUUGGUCAAAUAUGGUGCCUCCAUCCAGGCCAUUACUGAGUCUGGUCUGACUCCCAUCCAUGUAGCUGCCUUCAUGGGUCACCUCAACAUUGUUCUGCUUCUGCUGCAGAAUGGAGCCUCCCCUGAUGUCCGUAACAUUCGUGGCGAGACAGCUCUCCACAUGGCAGCACGAGCAGGUCAGAUGGAAGUGGUUCGCUGUUUGCUGAGAAAUGGAGCGUUGGUGGAUGCCAUGGCCAGGGAGGACCAGACUCCCCUCCACAUUGCAUCCCGUUUGGGGAAAACAGAUAUUGUCCAGUUGCUGCUGCAGCACAUGGCCCACCCGGACGCUGCCACCACCAACGGUUACACUCCCCUCCACAUUUCAGCCAGGGAGGGCCAGGUAGAGACUGCCGCCGUGCUGCUGGAGGCCGGAGCCUCACACUCAAUGGCCACCAAGAAAGGAUUCACUCCAUUACAUGUAGCAGCAAAGUAUGGAAGCCUUGACGUAGCAAAACUUCUCCUUCAACGCAAAGCACUUACUGACGAUGCUGGCAAGAAUGGCCUAACCCCGCUACAUGUGGCAGCUCAUUAUGAUAACCAAGAAGUAGCUCUGCUGCUGCUGGACAAAGGGGCAUCACCUCAUGCAACUGCAAAGAAUGGCUACACUCCUCUCCACAUUGCAGCCAAAAAGAACCAGACAAACAUUGCAUUAGCACUGCUGCAGUAUGGUGCAGAGACCAACGUUCUAACCAAGCAGGGAGUCAGCCCUCUACACCUGGCAGCCCAGGAAGGACAUGCCGAGAUGGCCGGCCUGCUGUUGGGCAAAGGAGCUCACGUCAACAUGGCCACCAAGAGUGGACUGACUCCUCUGCAUCUCACAGCCCAAGAGGACAGGGUCAGUGCAGCAGAGGUACUGGCCAAACACGGCGCCAACUUGGAUCAGCAAACUAAGCUCGGAUAUACCCCUCUGAUCGUGGCUUGUCACUAUGGAAAUGCCAAGAUGGUGAACUUCCUAUUACAGCAAGGUGCCAACAUCAAUGCUAAAACCAAGAAUGGGUACACACCACUUCACCAGGCAGCACAACAAGGGAACACACACAUAAUCAAUGUUUUGCUGCAACAUGGGGCCAAGCCCAGUGCUACUACACUGAAUGGAAACACUGCUCUGUCAAUUGCUAGACGUCUGGGUUACAUCUCUGUGGUGGACACACUGAAAGUCGUCACUGAGGAGUUUGUCACUACCACAACGAUGGUCACAGAAAAACACAAGCUCAAUGUCCCUGAGACCAUGACUGAGAUCCUUGAUGUUUCUGAUGAAGAGGGUGAGGACACUAUGACAGGUGAUGGUGGGGAGUAUCUAAGAGCAGAGGAUCUCAGAGAGCUGGGAGAUGACUCUCUUCCUGGACACUACCUGGACGGCUUCAGCUACAUGAGCCACAACCUGGACAGGCAGCAGCACACUCCUAUUCACCAGAGUUUCCAUCAGAGAGAAGGCGUCCUCAUCGAAGACAUGCUUACAAGCCACCAAGUGUCAGCACUGUCUAGAGAGCACGAAAAGGACUCGUUCCGUCUGAGCUGGGGUGCUGAGCACCUUGAUAAUGUGGUGCUGUCUUCCAGUCUGUUACACUCUGGCUUCCUGGUCAGCUUCAUGGUAGAUGCCAGGGGCGGGGCCAUGCGUGGCUGCCGUCACAAUGGCCUGCGAAUCAUUGUACCACCAAGAAAGUGUUCUGCACCUACGCGGGUGACAUGCAGGCUGGUGAAGAGACACCGUCUGGCCUCUAUGCCUCCUAUGGUGGAGGGUGAGGGGCUGGCUGGUCGCAUCAUAGAAGUAGGACCCACCGGAGCUCAGUUCCUGGGGCCUGUGAUUGUGGAGAUCCCUCAUUUUGCAGCUCUGCGGGGCACGGAGAGAGAGUUAGUGAUCUUGAGGAGUGAGACAGGGGAGAGCUGGCGGGAACACCACUGUGACUUCACUGAAGAAGAACUGAACCAGAUACUUAAUGGCAUGGAUGAAAAACUUGAUUCUCCUGAGGAGCUUGAGAAGAAAAGAAUAUGCCGCAUCAUCACCCGAGACUUCCCACAGUAUUUUGCAGUGGUAUCACGGAUAAAGCAAGACAGUCAUUUGAUUGGACCAGAGGGCGGGGUCCUUAGCAGCACUCUUGUGCCCCAGGUCCAGGCUGUCUUCCCUGAAGGAGCCCUCACUAAGAAAAUCAGAGUUGGGCUACAGGCUCAGCCCAUUGAUGUAGAGGUAGUGAGAAAGAUUCUUGGUAACAAAGCCACAUUCAGCCCAAUUGUUACACUGGAGCCAAGAAGGAGGAAGUUCCACAAACCAAUCACCAUGACAAUCCCUAUUCCCAAGAGCUCCAACACUGACGGGCCAAGUGCAGUAUACAGUGGAGAGACCCCCACUUUACGUUUACUUUGCAGUAUUACAGGUGGAACCACUCCUGCCCAAUGGGAGGACAUCACUGGCUCCACACCUCUGACCUUUGUUAACCAAUGUGUUUCCUUCACCACAAAUGUGUCAGCAAGGUUCUGGCUGAUAGACUGCAGACAGAUCCAGGAGUCUGUCAGUUUCGCCUCUCAGCUGUACAGAGAGAUCAUCUGUGUUCCAUACAUGGCCAAGUUUGUCAUUUUUGCCAAGACACUGGACCCCAUUGAGGCCCGCCUGCGGUGUUUCUGCAUGACAGACGACAAGAUGGACAAAACACUGGAGCAGCAGGAGAACUUCACUGAAGUUGCCCGAAGCCGAGAUGUUGAGGUACUGGAGGGAAAACCUAUAUUUGCCGACUGCUUUGGAAACCUGGUGCCUCUUACCAAGAGUGGACAGCACCAUGUGUUCAGCUUCUUUGCCUUCAAGGAGAACAGACUGGCCCUAUUCAUCAAAAUUAGAGACACAGCGCAGGAGCCAUGUGGUCGCCUGUCCUUCACAAAGGAACCACGGACAUACCGUAGCCUUAACCACAAUGCUAUCUGCAACCUUAACAUUACCCUCCCAACAUACUCAAAGGAGUCUGAUUCAGACCAAGAUGCAGAUGAUGAGAGUGAGAAGAGUGACAAGAAAUCCUUGCACAGCUACGAUUCUGAUGGCAAUCCAUUGCAACGUGUGCAACCAUGUUCUGGGACAGAGGAUGCAUUUGAAUCAAGGCCUGCCUGGGAUGACACGGUGGAAACUCAGAUGCAGAGAAUCACCGAUGACCAAACUCCAGAAUGUACGCCAGUGGAUUGGCAGGAUGAUGCUGACAGGAAAGAGGAGACGUUAGCUAUCAUUGCAGAUCUUCUUGGCUUCAGCUGGACUGAGCUUGCAAGAGAACUGGAAUUCAGUGAGGAUGAUAUCCAAUUAGUGAGAACAGAGAAUCCUAAUUCCCUCCAAGAGCAGAGCCAUGCCUUGCUGCAGCGCUGGGUUGAGCGGGAAGGUAAACAUGCCACAGAAAACUGUCUGAUUAAGAGACUAACCAAGAUCAACCGCAUGGACAUCGUCCAUCUUAUUGAAACCCAGAUGAACAAGUCAGUUCAAGAGCAAACAUCUAGAACUUAUGCAGAGAUAGAGAAGACAUUGGAUCACAGUGAAACCCUAUCUUCAGUGCAAGAGGAUGCAGACAGCCCCAGAGUCAUUAGAAGGGUGGAGUCAGAUCGCAGACCACCCCCAGCUGUUUCUGAAGAGGACCUCUCAGUUGCUUCCCUACUGGAUAUUCCCUCCUGGGCAGAGCCUGUUGGACAUACCCACUCAGAAAGCGUGCAUGGUGACCUGUUGGAAGAGCUCGAGAUCCCACAUGAAUUGAACCCUAACCUGUGGACCUCUGAGGAUGUAAUUACACCAGAACCUACAUGUUACGACAACUCAGAUGAGCAAGAGAUCACCGCAGAGCUUGGAUCAAUGUCAGAAAGUUCAGAUGAUGAAUUUUUGACUGCCAGAAUAGUGCGAAGGAGAGUUGUCAUUCAGGCUGAUGAAAUUCCUGACCUCCCCACUCAGUCAGUGACAGAAGAAAAGUACAAGGACGAAAAUGGACACAUUGUUGUCAAAAGGGUUACCCGUAAAAUCAUUCGCAAGUAUGUUUCCGCGGAUGGCAUGGAGCAUGAAGAGGUAUCAUUAGACGGAGCUCCCCAGAGGUCCAUCAGUGUGGCGGAGGGAGAUGGAUACUCCAAGGUUGUAAAGCGCACUGUACUGAAGAGUGAGGGAGACCAUACAGAGGUAACAUUUGCUGCAUGUGAGGGUUUCUCAGCAUCAAGGCAGGAGACAGCUGAAGAUUGUAAGGUCAGUCUCGUAGAAAGGACAACGGUGUUGGAGGGUGAAAGGACAAUGACACACCAUGGUGAUCCGUCUUUGGCCUCUGACCUCCCCUCAGCCCAAGACGACUUCAAACAGGCACUAGGCUAUAUAAGUGGCUUUAGCAGAACAGAGCUCCCUCGUGUGGUAGAGAGAGAGACUGUCAAAGAAGAUGGAACUAUGGUCAGGAGGGCUCACAUGCGUAAAGGUCGCACCCUCAGACGAACAGUGGUGAAGGGAGCUGGGCAGCGCAAACAGGUUCUUCUAGAGCAAGUGGACAAUCCCAGAAAAGGGUCAAAACGACGUGAUCUCCAGCAGCAUCUCCACCAGCUCUUUCACCGUUACUAUGAAGAAGACAAUGAGGACAAUGAUGAGGAUGAAGAGGAGAAGGAAGAGUAAAAGAAUGUGUAACCCCCCCCCCCCAACUUCCUGGCUCUGCCCUUGCUAAAGUCCCCCCUAAUCCUAUGCAUUAGCCAACUGCAAUCCAAGUGUGCACGGACGGCACCUCGAUGCUCCCAUAGUCUUCCCCAUUUAAGUCCUGGAUGACAAAGAUGACUUUUUGUUCACAAUUUGGAGUUUUCUUCCCUGGCUGAUAUUAUGUAUUCAUGAUUUGUUUUUCAUGUUCUGAUGUUGUUUUGCCUUUUUGUGACCAAAGAAAGCCUUCUGUUGUUUUCCUGAUUAAUUUUACUUUCCAUGUCAGAAUUGUCUUUGAUAUUUUUGUCCUGAUGCUGUGGUAGAGCAACACACACAAAAAAACAAAAAACUAAGAAAACAGUGGAAUACUAUUCACAUCAACUAACUCACAAACCUCUUGAAGGUAAAGAACACUUUACCUGCAAAAUCGCGGUACUACUCUUUGAGUAGGUGCUUGGACUGAAAGACAAUAUUUUACACUGCACUGCCUCUCACAAUCAGAGUUUCUCAGAUAUUCCUAACUGAAAAACUAUCUCACUCACUCGACUAGCCUUUACGCUCUUUUGAUUCAGGUGGUCAAGAUGUCACACAGAGAAAACUAGACUGUAUUAACACUGAAUUUAACUGCUGCUGCUGUGUUUUGUGUAGGCUAUGUGUAAUCUGUCUUUGGGAAUUAUAUAUUAUCUAUAAUCUAGACAUUACUGACAUCUGUAGCCUAGGAAUUAAUAAUCACUCAUGUGAAGUAGAGCUGGCAUGACUAAUCAACAUCUGUCAUUAUGAUCCUAGCUUUGACUGCUUUGUAGUUCUAUGGAUUGCCCUUCUGCCUCCUUUUACCCUCUGUAUGUGUCUUUCUUUUGGUGUUACUAUGUUUAAUUCUAAUUGGUUUUUUUUGUUUGUUUUUGUUUUGUUUCUGUUUUUUAUUUUUCUCUUAAAUUUCUGAUCUAGACUCGUAUCGUAUGGCUAGUGAAUGUGUGUGUGAUAUUGUACUGUAGCUCCUGUAUGUUUGAGUUUGUCCAUGCAUGUGUUGAGUUGAAUACUGCAUUGACAGCUGGUUUGAAAAGGAUAUAUUGGCUGAUUUAAAAUUCUGAUGUUUGAAGAUGUCUUAUUUUAGAGUUUAUUUUUUUGAUUCUAAGUUUAUCUUACUAGUUACUAGAGAGCAUUUAUUUAAUGUUUAUUUUUAAUGCCAUGAGAAGCUUCUUCUUAUUAGGAAGUCCCUCAGAAUUUGCCACUGGUGAAUAAGAUCAUGAGAGCAGUUUUAGAGACACUUGUCUGAUAUAAGAUGUGGGGUAAGGUGAUCAGGUGUUUCUGCUUUAUUCAACGUUCAACUUUAUCAGUUUAUCUUUUGAACCAGAAAGUGUCGGACCAGCCGUUGGCAGUUGUGUGGUGUGUGUUUGUGAGGGAAUGAGUCUGUGUGUGUAGUAAAACAGUUUCGCUAGUUUCUCUCAGCACAGAAAAAAAAAAGUUUAUUUUACACAAACAGCAUUUGCACUCCUGAAUGUCAGGAGGGAACACCUCCUUGCUUUUUGCGCACAGGAUAUGAGGUACAGAAUAUCUUAGCAACAGGGAUAGACUCAGACAGAAUAUAAAUACAAGAUAAUGAUACACCAGACACACACAUAAUGAGGCGGGUUGAGAGCUUAAAUAUAGCAUUAUUCACAGCUCUGAGUAUCGCUACUGUAUGUAUCUACAACAUGUAAUGUAUUUAUUUCACUAUCACCGUUUACUUUGUGAUUUAGAUAAAUGUAAAACGCAAACUAGUGGAAGUUCACUGUGACAGGUAUGCUUUUAAUUUGAAGAAUCAGCAUCCCUUUUCUGUGAUGAUGACAGUUAUAUACAUAUACCAUGCAUAUAUAAAUAUCUAUAAGGGCAUGUAUUACUGUAUCAAAAUUCAAAAAG